AUGCUGUUGUCGGCGGGUGACCAGCUACUGGAAAAACCAGGCGUUCAAGACUGUGCGGAGGUCGUACGCAGUCCUAAGGACAGCCAGGGCGACCCUGCUGGCCUAAUCACCAGCUUGUUCUUCGACCACUCGCCUUACCACAUCCUCCACUGCAUUAACAUUUUGGGAAUUGAGGAACCUCCAGCAGAAGCCUCUCCGACUGGAAGCUCGGACAUUGAGACUCAGCCCCAGGUCAUCUUUCACGAUAGGUCCGACCUUCUGCGACGCAGCCAAACAUCCCGCAACUGGGAGCACGCCGUCGAAAUUGGCUUGAAGAGGUGUCCAGUUCACCCUCCCCAAAGACCCUCCCACCUCAGCAGACUCACCCCCAUCCUCGUAGACGAGAGGAGAGGGUCCGAUGACUAA